AUGGCCGACACCGAAACCGCUCCUGCGAACGACGACGAUGCGCCACCACUUCCUGACGAGCCAUUACCUGAGGAUGCUCCACCACUUCCUGACGAGCCUCUCCCUGCGCCGACCGAAGAGGAUGACGGUUGGUCCGCUCAGCUUGACCCCUCAUCCGGCUGCUGGUAUUUCCUCAAUCGCUUCACCGGGCUGUCGCAAUGGGACAAUCCACGAGUUCCCACCGCUGCUCCAAGUCAGGAGUAUGCGCCAGGCACUGGUCCGACAUCACACGCUCCUGGCACUUCCGAAGCUGUCGCAGCACCCCCGCCUCCUCCAGGAGAACCAUACUUGGGCUACAACCCUAAGAUCCACGGCGACUUUGAUCCCAACGCGGACUAUGCCAAGUGGCAUCAGGAACAUCAAACGGAAGAGUGGGCUGCUUCAGAAGCUGCCCUUGCGCAACGUACUGCAGCAUUCGAGCAAGCAGGCACAUUCAACCGCUUCACGGGAGCCUUCCAAGCCGCCGACAAGAGUGCGGAUAACCACAACGAUGAGAACAAGUCAAAGCGCCAGUUGAAUGCCUUCUUUGACGUAGAUCGCGCUGCCAAUGCUCACGAGGGUCGCUCUCUCAAAGCCGAACGUGCAAAUCAGAAGCUGAGCAAGAAGCAAGUCAAGGCCUUCAACGAGCAGCGACGUGCAAAGAAGGAGCAAAAGCGCCGCGAUUUCCUCAUGAGUUGA